AUGAAUGGUAGUGGGAUCAGGGAGCUGGAGGUCCCUUGUUCACCAGCGCCGGCGCGCGCCCGCCCGGAACGCGCCGCCGGCGCCCUCGCGGCCGCCGACCAGGAGCGUCGGGAGCGAAUCGAAGGGACACAACAGACAGGCGGACUGUACGGCCCGGGCGUUGACUGGUCCGCGCUCCUCGAGCCGCUCGACGCCAGCCUCCGCGGCGAGCUCCUCAAGUACGGCGAGCUCGCGCAAGCCACCUACGACGGCUUCGACGGGCGCCACUGGUCCCCGCACUGCGGCACCUUCCUACACGGCCUCCGAUGCCUGCUCCCGGCGCUGGGCCUCGGCGGCCACGGGUACGCCGCCACCGCUUUCGUCUACGCCACCAGCGAGGGCGGCUGGGUCCCGCGCUGGCUCCGGCGCCAGCUCCACACCGCCGCAUGGGACGGCCACGCCAACUGGAUCGGGUACGUCGCGGCGGCCGGCGCCGCCGAGGCGCGCCGCGCCGGCCACCGGGACAUCGUCGUCGCGUGGCGGGGCACCAUCACGCCGGACGAGUGGGCCCUGGACAUGCGGACCAGGAUGGUGCCGUUCGAGCUCAACGCCGGCAAUGACAAGGGCGCCAGGGUGGCCGAGGGGUUCCACACCAUGUACACGUCCAGCAACGCCGGGAGCAAGUACGGCCCUCGCGCUACCAGGUCGCCGGCGAGCUAG